CAACGAUCAUACUGGAUCAUAUUUGUAUGAGCACAGAUAAGUACAGAUAUUAGGUAUCUUAGCGCGCCAAAUACGGGGUGAACCAAGUUUUCCAAGUGUUGCUACUUUACUUUACAUAUCUUUUCGAGAGGAAUUCAACACUUUGUCUGAGAGAUCAUGGAUUUAUUACCAGAGUCGACUUCAACGUUUUGGAAAGCCGGCAGAUUACAAACGUUUCAACACUGGCCCUUUCAGUCGUCUGAUAAUUCCUGCAAUCCUGAACGAAUGGCUGCCGCUGGAUUUCUUGCCGUUGGCGGCAAAGAUGAACCAGAUUUGGUCGAAUGUUUCGUUUGUUCGAAACAGCUCGAUGGUUGGGAUCCAGACGACGAUCCAUGGGCCGAACAUAGAAAACACCAGUCGCAAUGCCCAUUUGUAAAACUAGGCAAACCCAACGAAGCUUCAUGGACCGUGCAUGAUCUGUUUGAUUUAUUUAAAAAGUAUACAGUAAAAGAAUGCACGCACAAAUUGGACAAUGUUAAAGCUAGAGCAAAAGACGAAAGUGCAAGAGGCGCAAGCGAAAUACCUCAAAUUUAUAAAGGCUUGAGGAAAAGUAACAAGGGAUCGAGUUAAUGUUAGGUAUUAAUCAGUUUUUCUUUGUAUCUUUUUCUCCGAGUCUCGUUAUUAACGCUGUUAUCGUUUUAUUUUGGAAUAAAAUCUGACCACUUUCUUA